AUGCUGCUGACCUGCCGCUCUGGGGGCGGUGGAGGAGGGUCUCCCCGGGGGGGACACUUCAGCAGGCCAUGGUCCCCCGCACCCUCCGCGCACCGCCCGGACGACAGGUGGUGCGGGCGCCGCCGCCGCUCGCCGGGAAAUGCGAGCUACCUGCCCAGGGACAAGAUGAGCCAAGCCAUUGAGGCUUGUGAAGGUGAGGUCAUUGAUGUCCAGGUACACUGGAACUCACAGAGAUCCUCAGCACCCAGCCAUGGGCCGAAGACACCGUCAGCCAAAAAGGCCAAGAAGGUUCCAUCCCCACCGCUGUCCCAGACGUGGAAACAAGACAGAGAGCAGUCUUUGGCGGCAGCCUACGUGCCUGUGGUUGUGGACCCUUGGGGGCAGAGGCAGGACAAUCUCCGGUUCAAUUUCUACACGUCCCAGCACUCCAACUCCCUGAACCCUUUCUACACCUUGCAGAAGCCUACCUGUGGCUACCUGUACUGCAGGGACACCGACCACACCCGCAAGCGCUUCGAUGUGCCUCCCGCCAACUUGGUCUUGUGGCACUUAUAGGCCGGUGGCAACCAGAGUCCCCAUCCAUCUUUGCUCCUGUGACCCCGAGGAAAAAAAACACAAAAAAAACGUGCUCACUCCUAGA